GGGCGACUCGCCGGCAGCGACUCGCAGUCGCUUGCCACAUUGCCUCGCGGAAAACUGCAUACAGAUAACACUCUAUUCAUUCACGCGAAUGGCAACGCACGUGCACUGAUGCACGUGACCGCGAUCGUUACGCGAAACUUAUUUCAAAAAAGCUCCUGUCAUUUCGGUUUUUCGUCACAGACAUUGGACAGUUUAAAGAUUUUUAUCAAAGUGUGCUGGCUUUAAUAACAUGUUUUGUGGCACAAAAUUCAUGUUUGACGAAUAAAUUGGGCGGUGCCACGUCUACGUCAUGCUACAGGAGUUGCCGUCCUAUUUGGACGUACUUUGAGCCAUGGCGUGGCUAGUCAGACCUCGGUGCGCUACGUUGAACGGCUGUUUCCAGGGUAUAGGAGACCUUCAACAUGCCACCUAAGCCGCGGACAGGCGUGCUAGGCGCCCUGCAGCGGGUAGCGCGCCCGGUUCUGUGACUAACGAGGAUCCUCGCCCAAGGCACGGGUGGCGGAUUAGGCGUGGGGCGCGGCGCGUGGCGGCGGCGCGGGCGCGGCGGGCGGCAGGAUGACGCGGCGUCCGCCACCAUGACGCUGCCGCCGCCCGCGCGCCCCGCGCACCCCGCGCACCCCGCCCACCCUUCCGCGCAUCGCGCCAUGCGCUAUUACCGCAUCUGGAUAUAUGCGUGCAACGGCGCGCUGCUCCUGGGUUCGUUGGCCUUCUGUGCGGCCGCUGGGCGCGCUCUCGCAGACUACCGCCGUGCUCUAGUCCCCGGCCUUAACGCCGCACAACCAGGUUUUCUGUAUGGUUAUGCGGCGUUACCUGUGCAAACGGGUCUGCUGCAGAUGCUCGGGUGUGUCGCGGCGCUUCGUCUCUCUGAGCGAUUGCUUAACGCAUAUUGGUUUGCUCUUCUAGCACUACUCGUCGGUGAUGCAGCCAUCGGUGUUUACUGGGCUUUCCGAUUUGAGCGAGUCUGUCGAGAACUGCGUCCCCAACUAAAGUUGCGGUUGCUAAGAGAUUACGAAACGGAUGCGGAAUUUACUGAAGCCUGGGAUCGCCUCCAAAGAGAACAGCGCUGUUGCGGGGUGACCGGACCGGCCGACUUCGCGCACCUAAACCGCACAUCUCUGCCCGCGAGCUGCUGCCGCAUGCCGGCGCACACGCCCGCCACCACGCCGGCCCUGUUCGCCGCCACGUCCAGCACGGCGCUCGCCACCUUCACGCCCGCCCACUGCGUCCCGCACACUGCGGCGUGCGCAGACCGCUUACAGAAUUGGACUCGCCGAACUGCAGACGCGUUGUUUGUGCUAGGUUAUUGUGUGAUCGCGUUUUUGAAGUUAUGUUUUCUCGGAAUUUUACGAUACGAAAUAAAAGAAAUGAUUCAAAAAAUUAGACUUAUUCGAAGCGAGCUCGGAGCCGGUGAACUACUAGAUGGUAGUCCGAUUCACGGCGGGCCGUUGUCACAGACGGUGAUAGUGAACGCCGUGAAUGCGAACGGUGGCGUGCGGGCGCACGGCGGGAGUCCAGAGCGCGCAGGCGAACGCGACGCGCUGCUCGGGCGCCUGUCGGACACGUGUUCGCGGCGCGGCACGCUCGACGAUCCGCUGGCGUCCAAAACUAUAAACGGGAACAACAAUUGUGAGAUGCGGGAGUUGGCACGCGAAGAGUACAGACCGUUGGCGGCAGACAGUGCGGCGACCCGGAUCUGACUAAGAUGUUACCUGGAGCGGCUGUUCGGGCGGCGCUGGCGCUCGUUUCCGGCGAGCGGGUGCGAGGCGGAGCUGCUGGCGGCGCACGCGGCGGCGGGCCCGCGCGCGCGCCGCUCCGGCGCCCGCGUGCGGCUCGACAUGCGCCGCCACACCCGCUCCGAGUUCGAGCUGUGAUCGCUACAUGCACUCGCCGACGCGCCCGAAUCCACUUCUAAUCGCUCUCUUGUUCUUUUUAUGUCGAGUGCCGAUAUUUUCAGUAACUUUUGCAAGUUUAUAGUGGUAGCUAAAAUCCAGACUAAUGAUGACACUCCGCCAGUGAAGUGUUUCGGAAGAAGGGCGUUGUGAAACUUGUGAGCGGACAGAUAAAGACAAGUGUGGAAUGACAGUAGUAUAUCUUAUAUAUAAUAUUGGUGAGUUUGAACCCACGAGCAAAGCUUGUGUUUAGUUCCUAUAUUUAUGCUUGGCAGUUAUACUUUUGUUAAUGUAAUAUAUGUACCUACUUGGAUACUUGUGUUUUAAGAUUUUAAUGAAAAAUAUAAGUAGUUAAUAAUGCGUCAACAUUCAAUAAUAAUGGUUAAUUUACCGUCUGAAUCAUAAAACCGCAGACAAAAUAAGGGCGAUCAGAAGAGCGCACAUCAGGCGUUAACACCUACGCAUAACACAACUCACAAGCGAAGAAAUAUAGUUUAACUACGUACUGAAAAAAUAUUGUGUUUAGCAAUAGGUGAACUUUUGGGUAUUUGUAUCUAUUAUGUAGAAUUUUGUCACAUUACUUUCUUGUAAUUAAGUGAAUAUCAUAUUAUUUUAAUAUAUCAUAUAAUAAACAUGUAAGACAUUUGCAUGGAUUACAUAGAUUCGGUACCUUGAUAUCUCAGCUUUACCACCAAAAUAUUAAUGUAUCGAGUCCACAAGGAGAUUUUCAACGAACAAACUAAUAACAAAAUACGAAACAAUUAGCAAAUUUUCUACUACAUAGACAAUAAUGUUUCUAGAGUCCUUAGUGGAAUGUUACAAAAUGAAUAUUAUGAUGCACGAAUAACCGUACUGCGUCCUGGGCCGCGUAGACUCUAGCAGCACGCAGCGGCCGGACCGCACGCUUGCCGUAGGACGCGCCCGCGCACGCGCACGGUCGGCGCUCGGCCAUCCACUUCACACACACACCGACAAUUCAACAUCAACCUGACUGACACGCUUCACUUUUUUUUUUAACAAUACCGAGAUUAAUUUAAAGACCGGAAUCGGGUAACGUUUUAUGUUUGGAAUAUCUAUUCACGAAAGACUUAUAAAAUGUAGUUAAUAACCUCAUUUUUAAAAAUUGCGCCGCUAAAUGUGUCCGGGCGCUCUCCAUGCGUAUUUAACGUAGCCAUGUGCGUUUGCAUGACGAACCUAUUUAGAUGUAAUGACGAGAGCUUACUUACAGCAGGUCGGGAGAGCGGGCCAGCGCGCGCGCCGCACAUCCCGGACUCUAUUUAUGUAAAUAAAUUAUCACAAUUUGUACAUGCGUAGUAUGCGAGUAAAUGUGCAUGGACAGGUUGAAAAUAGUACUGAUAUGAGCUUAAAAGAUGUAGUGCCUACGAUUAUGCUUUUAAAAUGUUGAAAGAACAUUUACCAUCUUUUUUUAUGGCAGAAGAAUUUGAACGUUUCGUACGAUGUACAUCAUAAUAAAACCUACAAACUUACACAUUUUUGAAGGGCUGAACCCCCACGUACAUAAUUAAAAUUAUAUCUACAUUUCUGAACUAUGGCUUUUGAAAAGAGUACAAUGUCUUGCGAAAGGACGUGAUUUCGAGUAGGUAUGUUAAAUAAGGCUGUGUCAGAAUUAAAUGUUAAACAAUGUGGUUUGAAAAUCUGUACCUUAUAUGAAACGUGUUGCAAUAUGCAGGAGCGAGAACCAGGUGUAGGUACCAGAGCCGGCAGACUUGCGCCUGCGCCUCGCCUCGGUGGCCUUAGCGCGCCGGACGGUACUACUUCGCGUCGAAAACGCACUUGUUUGUGUCUACCUAUGAAAUAACUUUAUAGAUAUACAUUAUAUGGUACCUAAUAAUUAUUACGAAAUUAUGUAUUAUGUUUGCUUAGAGAAUAGUAUUUUGUGAAUUUGGGCAGAAACAUAGUUUUUUAAUAUUGGUGUCAUAUGAAUGUACCAACCAAUCUUAUUAUAAAUUGUAUAUUCGGAAAGUUGAAUAAUUUGUAGCUAGGAUCCAAUCUAAAUCCUACAUCUCUUCCAAAAAAACGGUAUAAUGACAUGUGCCUUGGCUUAUAGAAUCGUAUAAUUGAUGUUAUUUUCAUUGAGAAAUCUGUUGAACAUGUGACGAUUCGUCUUUGAAGUGCCCUUCCCGCACAGCGGCGUGGCGACGGCCAGCCGCGAUGCCUACCUACCUGUCAAUUGUUUUAGACAUUUGCUCUACUGCUUUCUUGUUUCCAAUACUCCACCUGUUCCAUGACCACCACAUCAAUUAGCUUUAGCUAUAUAAAACCUGUCCUAUUAGUUAAAUAUUAGUUUUGUUUCUGAACAAUAAUCGACCUGAAAUCAAUGAAAGAACUAGUUUUACAGUGCAGAAUAACGUGUGUAAUUAAAUAUAUCUACGUGAGAAUCCAGCUACAUAUUGUGACGACAGACUGUGAAUAGUUUCCAGGCGAUGAUGCUUGUUCUUUGUUAAGUUGUACAGUAGGGUUGUUCCAACUUUCCGAAGGUACGCGCUAGGCGACUGAGAGCUAAAUACUAUCAUAAUAAAUGCAUUAAUAAACAAUUUGU